AUGGAACGUUCGUCCUGUGGCAGUGUUCUGUUCCAUGGAUACCUUCCCCCUCCAGUUAGUUGGUUGAUUGGUGGAUUAAAGAAUGUGCUUCUCCCAGCCCGUACCUCCAGCCCCACCCCUGCAGCCUCUGGCCUUGCCGCUGAGGAUCGGCCUGGUCCUAGCAGAGCAGAAGGGGGGUUCCCCCAAACCUGCGCCCCCCACACCUCCCUUCCCGGACCCCCUGGAGCCGAGGCGCCACACAGACUGGGUGCUGUGGUGGAUCCUAGGAAGGUGCUGAUUGUAGCUGGACAUCAUAACUGGAUCGUAGUGGCUUAUGCACACUUUGUCAUCUGUUACAGGAUAAAGGAGUCAUCAGGGUGGCAGCAGGUGUUUUCUAGCUCCUAUCUGGACUGGUCCAUUGAGAGAAUCGCUGUCAACGCCAAGGUGGUAGGCGGUCCCCAUGGCGAUAAGGACAAGAUGGUGGCAGCCGCCUCCGAUAGCAACAUCAUCCUCUGGAGCAUCCAGGACGGAGGGAGCGGCAACGAGAUAGGUGUGUUUAGUCUGGGUGUACCAGUAGAUCAUCUGUUCUUCAUUGGGAACCAGCUAGUGGCCACCAGUCACAUGGGGAAGGUGGGGGUCUGGAACGCUGUCACACAGCAUUGGCAGGUGCAAGAUGUAGUUCCCAUCACCAGCUGUGACACAGCUGGCUCCUUCCUGCUUCUGGGUUGCAACAACGGAUCCAUCUACUAUAUAGACAUGCAGAAGUUUCCUUUGAGGAUGAAGGAUAAUGAUCUGUUGGUGACAGAACUGUACCACGACCCAUCUGACAAUGCCAUAACUGCCCUCAGUGUCUACUUCACACCCAAGACCAGUGUGAGUGGUAACUGGAUAGAGAUGGCGUAUGGGACCAGUUCUGGAGCAGUGCGGGUUAUAGUCCAACACCCUGAGACAGUAGGCUCUGGACCUCAGCUCUUCCAGACCUUCACUGUCCACCGCUCCCCAGUCACCAAGAUCAUGCUCUCUGAGAAACACCUGGUCUCAGUGUGUGCGGACAACAACCAUGUGCGUACGUGGACAGUGACGCGGUUCCGAGGCAUGAUCUCCACGCAGCCUGGCUCCACCCCCCUCGCCUCCUUUAAGGUCCUCUCAUUGGAGGAGACUGAGAGCCACGGCAGCUACUCAUCAGGCAAUGACAUUGAGGUGGGCGGGCCAACAGAAGAGGAGCUGCUUCAGCUAUUGGACCAGUGUGACCUCAGCACCUCCCGCUGUGCCACGCCCAACAUCAGCUCCGCCCCCUCGGUGCUGCAGCCCAGCCGUCUCCGAGGGUCCUGCUCCAGCCUCCAGCUGCAGGCCCAGGAUCCCAUUCCAGAGACGGCCACCUACGGAGCUCUGCGACCCUACAGAGAGAGCCCGCUGCUGGCCCGAGCCCGGCGCACAGAGUCCUUCCACAACUACAAAGACUUCCAGAACUUCUCCCUAGGGAAAGGCCUGCUGGAGAGCCCUGAACAGGCUCCAGGACAGGGGGCAUGCCCAGGUACAGAAGCCAGAACCCGGUCGCUGUGUGAGGCUGGAGAGGAGGUUGGGAGGAGGGGCUCUGCCAUGGAGCUCUGGGCUAGCCGAACCACUAACACCGCCUACGCUAAUGUCUUUGCUAACGUUGCUGUGGUCACAGACGCCGAUGCAGCUGAGGGUAUCACAGAAUCGCCACGGCAACCACCUGAGAGCCCUGGUGGAGACAUUCGUCGAAGGCUCCAAUCGGAGGAGGAGGAGUGGGCGGGGCUUGGAUCAGGGGCAGAGGCUAGGUCUGAGGUGAGGAGGAAGGCAGGGUUUGAGGGGGGGUUGUUUCUGGGCAGGAAGAGGGCACCUCCCGUCCCCCAGCUCUCCUCGCUGUCCUCGGGGGUGUCCUCGGGGGGAUGCAGUGACUCCUCCUCCACCGCCUCCCCCUCCCCCACUAAGCUGGCCUCCACUUCCCCCCGGCGCAGGAAGUGCAGCGAGCCGGCCAAUCAGGACAGCAGCCUGUGAGUGAAAGACAGCUCUGAUGCAGACACACCCCUU